AUGUGCCCCGAAAAGGUAAAUUUAUUUAAAACUGUCAGUUUGUCAGCAAACGCCGUUGCUUGGAGGGUACAAGACAUUGCAGAAAAUAUAUCAUCUCAACUAUUGUAUCUCAACCAUCUGACAAAAAUGGACAUCUUGAGUGGUUUUCUCUGGCCUUGGACUGCUCAGGUUGUGAUUUUUAUUCGAGGAAUAGAUAAAAGCUAUGAAGUGUAUGAAGAACUUCUUGAUAUUGUUAGUAUUCAUGGCACGACUACUGGGGAAGAUAUUUUAAGGGAGUUGAAAAUGCCAUUAAUAAAAAAGAAUCUUCGAUGGAAAAACUUGAAAUCUUUUACAACUGAUAGAGGCAAAAACAUGUGUGGUAAAAAUAAAGGAGUGGUUGCUCUUGUGUCAAAGGCUGUAGAAAAUGUUGGUGGUUCAAAUCCAUUAGUCUUACAUUGUAUCAUUCAUCAACAGUCCUUGUGCGGAAAAUGUUUGGACAUGUCUGAAGUUCUAAAACCAGUCAUCAUGGGCUAA